CUUCUCGUCCAAGAGGUCACACUACCUCGUUGUCUUCGUGCACAUGCUCUAGACAUGCACGUCCGGAACUCCGCGCCUGGGCAGCCAUAAAUGGUGGUGCGACGAGUUCACAGGGCACCUGCUGUAUGCAUAUUCAGACAUGGUACCACCCGAGUUCUAACCUCCGAAUCCGUCGCUAUCAUGGCCUCAGCACCUCAUCAUGCCAAGUCAAGUCAGCGCACCCAACGACUGCUCAACCCCCAGUCACUGCGAUGUUGCUGAGGCCCUUGCGGAUGGCAGGUCUGCAGAUCACCCUUUGUAUCGUAUAACCAUUCUGGCCAUGCUGUCCACAACGUACGCUUCCUUGUACUCAGCACCCCUCGCCUGACGAUGUCGAUCGCUUGGGAUCAAAUGCAUCAUCUCCAAAUUCAACCUUUAGCGAUUGGGUCGGAAACAGCUGUCAAGCGCUAUCCAAGUGUAUCCUCGACAUCUCCGCAUGAGAGUCGAGAUACAUCGUAUCUUUAUUGGCUGACACACGAUGAGGCAUGCAGUUUAACGUGGGGACAGACAUUUUGAGGUUAUGAUCUGCUGUUGAGAGCCCUAGGUCCUCUGACUUAGCACAUAUGGUGAUCAUCUGUACGUCAAAGUACACCUUAGGCAGGUACCGAUAUGUGGAGAGUUUUGACUGGUGCUGCGAGGUCUUACACUUCCCUUUCCCGCUCCGCCGCUCCUCACAAUGUUCCCAAAUAUCGGCCAAAACCACGAUGGCAGCCUCCAAAUCCAAGAGUAACUCUGCGAGAUCGUCUGUGGCCCAGCAGAAUCGAGCAGACCAUAUCGAGAAAUGGACUAGCAUAGAUGAGGAACAAACUCUCGAAAACCACGCUCUCGAUCAUGGAAUAAAGCCUCCAAACUCAUGUCUCCCCACGCCCUUUCACCACUACGGGUGCAUGGGUUUUGACACAUCUCUCUGAUAGAUGCCCAGAUAUGAUGAUGCAGAGACAAACAAGAUGUUGCGCAAGAUAGACUAGCGUCUCAUGCC